GUAUUUUUAAAACGACCUGCUGUCGGUAUUUUAGCUGAACCCAGGUGCAUGCAUAUUUCGUUUUUUCGUCAGGGUGGGUGUGCGCAAAAAUCGGUCGGCAAGCAAUUCAAAAGUAAGAGCAAUCGGAGCAAACCAAAAACGGGAAGAACUUAUUAAAACUGUGAAAGAAAAAUAAAAAGGCUAAUCGAAUCGGUGAGCUGUGUUUAUUAGGACAAAAAGUUGCAUAUUUGGAGUGCAAGGCAAGGCGAAGGAAGUGGAAGGACAAGCAAAGAAAUCGUGCUCCUAUCCGUUCUUGUACUGUGUCUCUCUUUUGUUGCGAGAGUGAGUGUGUUAGUGUGAGUGUAGAAAUUUGCAAGAACAGCAACGCCAAUAAACGAGGAAUCGAGAAAAAACGCAGUGGCGCGUGAAUCACGAGCAAUCUGAAUCAUCUCCCUACGGCAAUACCUGUUUCUGUUGGCGAAUACUUUAUUGCAGAUAAAUCCCAAAGGAUGGAGCACCACGAGGACAACGCGCAAUUGGACAACUACUUGCAAAACCGCCUGGCCGAAUGUCUGCAAAUUUCCGGAGGCGCCGGAGAGCAUAAUUCUCAUGUGGCAGACGCCACUGGGGAGAACUGUUCUGCUCCUGGCAUCGCGCCCUCAAAGUCGGAUGAAGUCGACGCGGAAGAAGACGAGGAGUGGAAGUACAUACACGAGGUGCAGCAGAGUGAAAAGCUUCAACAGGAAAUGCUUCCCCUGACAAAGGAAACCGGCAAUGGUUUUGGACCCGGACGGGAUUUUGAAAAUCAACUCCUCGGAAACGGAGCUGCCGCUGGCUUCAAUCUGGUCUACGAAGAGGACGUGGAAGUGAUCAAGAACGAUGGCGACGUCUCCACAAAUUCCAACACCACUACUUCAACGGACGAGGUCGUAGCCCAGCAGACCCAGGAGCCAGACCAGUUGGGGGAGCAGCGUGAGCAACAGCAGUUACAAUCGCAAGAUGUUCACGAGGAUCUCCGUCAGGAAGACGAGGAUGAGCACAGCUCCGUGGCCACUACGUAUGGAACCAGCAGUCUCAGUGAAAACAAUUCCUCACCUUUAAAUCAGGAGGAGGUCGUAAUGUCGACCCAACCAGUUGGUCAUGAGCUGUUAGUGGGCUUCGACAACAAGGAAAACUGCGAUUUUGUUAAGGAACUGGAGGAGAACCACUCCCAGCUAAAUCCCAAUGCUGUCGCCUUUGUGCCUUCCUUUGGCUCACAGCCAUCAUCUCCCCUUCCUGCUGCUGAAGAUCCCCUGCCUCGCCAAUUUCUACCGGGGGGGCCCCUUGAUGAUCUGGUGGCGGAAAGUCCGCGCAAAGAAUUCGCCAGGAUCAAUAUGGAUGCUAUUGCCGUGCCCGAUGAACGGGAAUUUGACAUUGAAGCGGAUAUGCGACCCCACGAAUUAGAGCAGGAAUCCGACAUUUUUGGAGCAGGAAACCUGGAGAUGCAGUUGUUGAAUGGUUUAGGAACCGCUGAGCCAGCAGCCUUAAGGGAUGUUUUGGAUCAUGGUCCAGAGACAAGUGUCGAUAUGGACUUGCCGCUAGAUCAGGUGCCUGACGGCGCCGACAUCAUGAAACAAUCAAUUUAUGCCGAGCACAACGCCUCCAUUGAAGAUAUCCUAAAUUCCGUGCAACCUUUGCCCAUUCAGACAGUUGAAGACAAGGAACUAAUUCAUGUGGAGGAAAAAGAACGUGUUUCGAAGUCGCCUUCUACAGAGGAGCUCCAGUUUCACUCAGAUUUCCCAAACAAUCAGGACUCGCACACGUUGUUCAAUAACAUUCAGCGAGAUCCAAUGCAAGCUUCAUUUUACUUGCAACAUACCUCUAAGAAGGCACAAGAGGACCACCAGGAGCUAAAGCAGCUUCCCGCUGAGUGCUCUGAUAUUUUUGCCGACCAGAGUUUGUUGCUAGACACCAGUGCACCGCAGUUUAGCUCUGAAUCAGACUCUCCUGUGGCAAAACUGGUACUGGAAUCCCAGCAAGCUGACAUUGAAGACAUCACACCUUCGCCCCUUUCAUCCACUGCAGAGAAACAUCUGGUUGAAGACACCAAGGAGCUAGUUGGGGAGUAUACGUUGGAUCCGGAAUCCCAUCUCUUUGGGGCUAUUUCAUCCGAAGAUUCUCCACAGAACGACGAGGAGUACGCUGCUCUUAAAUCAGUUUCCGGUUGUGAAACUCACAACUUUGAUGAAAAAUCACCUGCACCGCAAGGUAUUAAUCCGUUUGCCCAGCCAUUUACGCCCGCUCAUCUGGAGACACAGCAGGAGGGUUUGGGAGAUAUGUCUAUAACUGCUUCCCAGGACUUCGCUAUAUGUGAUAAAGUCAACGACGAGGAGUACGCUGCUCUUAAAUCAGUUUCCGGUUGUGAAACUCACAACUUUGAUGAAAAAUCACCUGCACCGCAAGGUAUUAAUCCGUUUGCCCAGCCAUUUACGCCCGCUCAUCUGGAAACACAGCAGGAGGGUUUGGGAGAUAUGUCUAUAACUGCUUCCCAGGACAUCGCUAUAUGUGAUAAAGUCGUGAGUACGUCUACAAAGGGAGCAGAGGAUCAAAGAAAUGAGCAACAAGUAAUCGCCAAGGAGGAACCGCUGUACGCUGUUGGAGAUUUCGUUGCCCAGGAUGAAAAUCUUGCCACUGAAAAUAUCUUCGUUGGUGAAGACUGUGUACCCGAAAAUGAACAGCCUCAUGCUGUUUCAGAGGAGACACCACUUGUUUCUGCUUCAAAGGAGAAACUGUUGCCUUGUACUUCAGAUGAGCAAUUGCUGCCUUCUCCUUUGGGACAGAACCUGCUCAUUGCUGCCCCAGAGGAGCCAUUGUCAGCCGCUGCCGAUGGACCGAUAACUUCUCAGUUUGAUGAAAAUGUUAUCUCAAGUAUUAAGCCUUUGGAAGACAUUUUAGAAGCGGAAAAAAAUAUUGAAGUUGCGAAAAGUUUGUCUGAAGUAACUUCUGUUGCUCCAGUGGUUGGAGGUGCUGUUGCUGGUGCUACCAAAACCCAUUCCGCGGGAAACCCAUCCAAAGCAGGAUCGACAGCAGCUAGUGCUAAACCGAAAGCAGCAACCUCAGUAAUGAAGAAGACUGCACCGGGCUCUACUUCUGCUUCCGGGGCAAACAAGUCAGCUGCUCCACGUGCAAGUACCGCCCGCCUUGGAACCAAAACUACAAGUACAGCUCCAAAAACUUUGACAUCUUCAGGAACUGGAAACCCUCGAAAGUCACUUAGCAGCAAUGCAGCAUCUACAGUAAAACCACCGACCAAGCUAAGCAGUACACGACCAGCUACAGCUCCUGUGAGCAAGGUAACAUUAGGGGCCAAAACCAUAACCAACAAGCCGACUGGAAGUGGAACUACAUCUGGUAAUGUAACUAGGACAACACUUCGUAAACCAGCAACAAGUGGAACUGGAACUGGAGCCUCGAUAACUGCUCGACGACCAGUUACAAAUGCUACAUCAUCUGCUCCUAGCAGCGCUGCGUUAUCAAAAGUUCGCCCUGCGGCUACAAUGACUGCUGAAGUCAAGCCUAAAGUUUUGUCGCCGCGCAGCACCAUAUCUACCACCACCACUGUGCGGAAGGUGCCUAGCACAGGUGCCCCUUCCCUUUCUACUCGUAGCCCUACCAAGCAUCAAGCCAAUGGAUUAGGCAAGAAUAUCAACUCUACCACAUCUUCCACUACUACUGCAACUAUCACAAAAUCUUUCACAGCUCGCCCAGCUCCUAAGUUUACGCAUUCUGCUAGCUCAGCCAAUAACAAUGGGAGUACAACUCGACGAUUGCAGGUUCCUGGAAGCUCUUCUACUACAACCACAUCGUCUCUCAGGAAGGCAUCACCAUCAAAGGCAGCACCAGGGAAAGCCAAGGCACUGACACCGAAAUCCAAAGAUGACGCCACUAAAUCAUCGACGACUGUAUUAAAAGCUCGGAAUUCUACUUUGAAUGGCAGGGAAGGGGUAGCACCAUCUACCAAAAGUACUCUAACUACUACUGGUCAGAACACUGCGAAGGAAGUUGUCAAGCUUAACGGAAACGGCCUUGCAGAAGAGGAUAAGAUAAUUGAAGAGCAACCGUUUCACGAUCAAGAUGUCCCUGCCCAAAAUACUGAAGUGUCCCUUUUGGACUUUUAAUGUUCAUCCCAAAU